AUGUACACUUUGGGCGUUCAACGAUUCUGUGCGGAAGUUAGUGCUCGGCAGGUGAGGUCCUCUUGGCUGUUUGCUCAGGUGACCAGUUGUGCUUUAGUGGUUGAUUUAUUCCUGACUAUUUUUGUAUUUAGCAAAGGCAACUUUAGGCAAGCUGAGGCAACGCCACUUUGCGUUGCUUCAAAAUUGGUGUUCAUGGGGCCUCGUAUCCUCUGUAGUUUUGAAGCCAACAACAAAAAAGAAAUCGCAGGCUUUGAUUUGCAAGAGUGUCUUGGGAAUCAGAUUAAGACACUCUCCAUGACCUCGUGCAGGGUUGCUCUAUUGCUGCUCGUGGUUUGCUUCUCCGGACUUGCCAAAGCUGAGGACUGUGGGUGGCAGGCUAAUGGUGCUAGAUGCUCGCCGAGCACUGUCUGUUGCAGUCAGUGGGGCUAUUGUGGAGUAACCCCUGAGCAUUGUGGCACCGGAUGCCAGAGCGGCUCCUGCACUGGCGGUAGCCCUCCUUCGCCAGGAGGGAGCGGCCUUAGCAGCUUCUUUCCGAGUUCCCUGUUUGAUAAGUGGUUCCCCAACUGCAAUUCAUUCUAUACGUACGAGGCUUUCAUAGCGGCGGCUGCUUUGUACCCCGCGUUUGGAUCUUCCAGAAAUCCAGAAAUACAAAAGCGAGAAGUUGCAGCAUUCUUUGCGCACGUCAAUCACGAAACAGAAGGUCUAGUCUACAUUGAGGAGAUCAACAAAUCUUUUUCAUACUGUCGAGAGAGAGACAGCUAUGGAUGCGCUCCGGGGAAGAAGUACUACAGUAGAGGUCCUCUGCAACUGUCAUGGAAUUACAACUACAAGCUGGCGUCCUCCAAAGUGGGAUUCAACAUCUGGGCAGACCCAGACAAGAUUGCUACCGACGUGACUCUGGCAUUCAAGACGGCUUUGUGGUUCUGGAUGGAACCCGCCACUCCCAAACCAUCAUGUCACUCCGUCAUUGUGGGUGAUCAGGGAUUCGGAACGACCACCAACAUCAUCAACGGAGGCUUAGAGUGUGGACCCAAUAAUUCACCAGCACAGGCAGAGAACCGCAGCAAGUACUACCAGGACUUCUGCCGCCAGUUAAACGUGUCUCCUGGUGGUGCCCUUACCUGCAGCAACAUGACGCCCUACGGUUUACUCGUAGGCCUAUAGCUUGCAUAGAAAUGACUGGGUGUACAACCAUUUGCAUAUCCACAAGCGAGAGCGCUCUGUGCGACACUGUCGUUGCAAGAAUGAAGCGGGUUUACAUCAGGCUUGGUUGCAGAGUCCCUGUUUGAUCAUGUGUAAUGGGUGAAUAAAGGGAUCUACAUGGUUUUACUAUGA